GUGAUUUCAGUGUUGUCACCACAAGACUGCAGGGUGCAGCUGGCCAUGUAAGGUGGUGCCAGAGGUGGGGAAAGGUAUAAAGGUGCCAGCACAGACUGCCAGAGACAGGAUCUCUAAAUGCCUCUAAGUGUCCCGUUUCCUCUUUGCUGUCCCCAGCAAAGCAUCACCUUGACUAUGAAGGCAACUGGUGUUUUCCUGCUCUUCUCCCUGGCACUCUGCUGCUACCAAGGAAGCGCUGAGAUGGAUGGAGCUGCUGGCAAAGGAACAGAGGCAGCUUGUGGUGAUUAUUCCCUAAGAAAAGGUUGUGCAAAGAUCUUUGACCCCAUCUGCGGCACAGACAACCUCCUAUAUGACAACGAGUGUAUGCUGUGCUUUCAGAACCUGCAAAGAAACACCAAUGUGCGCAUAAAGAACAGGGGAAUGUGCCAGAAGCCCUCUGCCUGCUCCGACUCCACUCAAAACUAAAAGGUACAGCUGUUCCAGAGAAGAUAGCACAAAGCUGUCCCUCACCUGUACUUCUAAUAAAACAGGAGCAUUGCCA